GGGAAGCCAACUAGCGAGUGGCGGCGGCGGCGGCGGCGGCGGCGGUGGCGGUGGCAGUUCGCCGCGAGAGCAACGGCUCCGAGGCCGAGUGGCGGUCCUGCGCAGACCUCGGUGCCCUCCUCCGCAUGAUCUUCUUGACACCGGACUUGAAGGAUACAUGCAAGUGAUCAGCCUUUGUACCUUCUCCACAUUUGAAGAUGGUGAAGCUAGAUAUUCAUACUUUGGCCCAUCACCUCAAGCAGGAACGCUUAUAUGUAAACUCUGAGAAACAGCUCAUUCAGAGGCUCAAUGCAGAUGUACUUAAGACAGCUGAAAAGUUGUAUCGUACAGCAUGGAUCGCUAAGCAACAGAGAAUUAAUUUGGAUCGGCUUAUUAUAACCAGUGCUGAAGCUUCCCCUGCUGAAUGUUGCCAACAUGCCAAGAUUUUGGAAGAUACACAGUUUGUUGAUGGGUAUAAGCAGUUGGGAUUUCAGGAGACUGCUUACGGAGAAUUCUUAAGUCGAUUAAGGGAAAAUCCUCGUCUUAUUGCCUCCUCUUUGGUUGCCGGAGAGAAACUUAAUCAGGAGAACACACAAAGUGUUAUUUACACAGUUUUUACCUCUCUCUAUGGCAACUGCAUUAUGCAAGAAGAUGAAAGCUACCUCCUUCAGGUGUUGAGAUACUUGAUUGAAUUUGAACUUAAAGAAAGUGACAACCCCAGGCGACUUUUGAGGAGAGGAACUUGUGCCUUCAGCAUCUUAUUUAAACUUUUUUCUGAAGGACUGUUUUCUGCCAAACUUUUCCUCACAGCAACUUUACAUGAGCCAAUCAUGCAGCUGCUUGUUGAAGAUGAGGAUCACCUGGAAACAGAUCCAAACAAGCUAAUUGAGAGGUUCUCCCCAUCUCAACAGGAAAAACUCUUUGGAGAGAAAGGCUCAGAUAGAUUCAGGCAGAAGGUUCAAGAGAUGGUGGAUUCCAACGAGGCCAAACUAGUGGCUUUGGUGAACAAAUUUAUUGGUUAUCUCAAACAGAACACAUACUGCUUUCCACAUAGUUUGAGAUGGAUUGUGUCACAGAUGUACAAAACUCUCUCCUGUGUAGAUAGACUGGAAGUUGGGGAGGUCAGAGCAAUGUGUACUGACCUCCUGUUGGCCUGCUUCAUUUGUCCUGCGGUUGUCAAUCCAGAACAGUAUGGAAUAAUUUCUGAUGCUCCUAUUAAUGAGGUGGCAAGAUUUAAUCUGAUGCAGGUUGGCCGCCUUUUGCAGCAAUUAGCAAUGACUGGCUCCGAAGAGGGAGAUCCCCGGACAAAGAGCAGCCUUGGAAAAUUUGACAAAAGCUGUGUUGCUGCUUUCCUUGAUGUGGUGAUUGGAGGCCGUGCAGUGGAGACCCCGCCAAUGUCCUCCGUUAAUCUUCUGGAAGGGUUGAGCAGAACUGUAGUUUAUAUAACCUACAGUCAGCUUAUUACUCUGGUGAAUUUUAUGAAGAGUGUGAUGUCUGGAGAUCAACUGAGAGAAGAUAGAAUGGCUCUUGACAAUUUAUUGGCAAACCUACCCCAGGCAAAGCCAGGAAAAAGCAGCAGUUUGGAAAUGACUCCCUAUAGUACUCCUCAGCUGUCUCCAGCAACCACUCCAGCAAAUAAAAAGAAUCGAUUGCCUAUAGCAACUCGGAGCAGAAGCCGCACCAAUGUUCUAAUGGACUUACAUAUGGACCAUGAAGGAUCAGCUCAAGAAACCAUCCAGGAAGUGCAGCCAGAAGAGGUGUUGGUCAUUUCCUUAGGAACAGGUCCCCAGCUUACUCCAGGGAUGAUGUCAGAAAAUGAGGUCCUAAACAUGCAGCUUUCGGAUGGAGGACAAGGAGAUGUCCCUGUCGAUGAAAACAAACUCCACGGUAAACCUGAUAAAACCUUGCGCUUUUCCCUCUGCAGUGAUAAUCUGGAAGGAAUAUCUGAAGGUCCUUCAAAUCGUUCUAAUUCAGUAUCCUCACUAGACCUGGAAGGGGAAUCUGUUUCAGAACUUGGAGCAGGACCUUCUGGGAGUAAUGGAGUUGAAGCUCUACAGCUGUUAGAGCAUGAGCAAGCUACAACCCAGGAUAAUCUCGAUGAUAAGCUAAGGAAGUUUGAAAUUCGUGACAUGAUGGGACUGACAGAUGAUAGGGAUAUAUCAGAAACAGUGAGUGAGACGUGGAGUACAGAUGUCUUGGGAAGUGAUUUUGACCCUAACAUUGAUGAAGAUCGCUUGCAAGAAAUCGCAGGUGCAGCAGCAGAGAACAUGUUAGGCAGUUUAUUGUGCCUGCCAGGUUCAGGGUCAGUGCUUCUUGACCCCUGCACUGGUUCUACCAUAUCAGAGACAACAAGCGAAGCUUGGAGUGUAGAGGUAUUGCCAAGUGACUCAGAGGCCCCAGAUCUAAAGCAGGAGGAGCGACUACAAGAACUGGAGAGCUGUUCAGGACUGGGUAGCACAUCUGAUGAUACGGAUGUCAGGGAGGUCAGUUCCCGCCCCAGCACACCAGGCCUCAGUGUUGUGUCGGGCAUAAGUGCAACCUCUGAGGAUAUUCCCAAUAAGAUUGAAGACCUGAGAUCUGAGUGCAGCUCUGAUUUUGGGGGUAAAGAUUCUGUCACUAGUCCAGACAUGGAUGAAGCAACUCAUGGUGCCCACCAGCUGACCUCUCCUCCUUCUCAGUCAGAGUCUCUCCUUGCCAUGUUUGAUCCACUGUCUUCACAUGAAGGGGCUUCUGCUGUAGUAAGGCCAAAGGUUCACUAUGCCAGGCCAUCGCAUCCACCACCAGAUCCCCCAAUCCUGGAAGGAGCUGCAGGAGGAAACGAGGCCAGGUUGCCAAACUUCGGUUCCCAUGUCUUAACUCCAGCUGAGAUGGAGGCAUUUAAGCAAAGGCAUUCUUACCCUGAGAGAUUAGUUCGCAGUAGGAGCUCUGAUAUAGUGUCUUCUGUCCGGCGACCUAUGAGUGACCCCAGCUGGAACCGACGUCCAGGGAAUGAAGAGCGAGAACUCCCCCAAGCCGCAGCCAUUGGUGCUACUUCUUUGGUGGCUGCACCUCAUUCAUCAUCUUCAUCCCCGAGUAAGGACUCCUCAAGAGGAGAGACUGAAGAACGCAAAGAUAGCGAUGAUGAGAAAUCAGACAGGAACAGACCUUGGUGGAGAAAACGUUUUGUUUCUGCCAUGCCCAAAGCUCCUAUACCAUUUAGAAAGAAAGAAAAACAAGAAAAAGACAAAGAUGAUCUGGGGCCUGACAGAUUCUCAACACUCACAGAUGACCCGAGCCCUAGACUCAGUGCACAAGCUCAGGUUGCUGAGGAUAUUCUGGACAAAUACAGGAAUGCCAUUAAACGAACCAGUCCCAGUGAAGGAGCACUGGCAAACUACGAAAGUGCAGAAGUUAUGGGUGAUGGUGAAAGUGCACACGAUUCGCCUCGUGACGAAACCCUGCAAAACAUCUCAGCUGACGAUCUCCCAGAUUCUGCGAGCCAAGCCGCCCACCCUCAGGAUUCAGCUUUCUCUUACAGAGAUGCAAAAAAGAAACUGAGGCUUGCUCUUUGUUCUGCGGAUUCUGUUGCUUUCCCAGUGCUCACUCAUUCAACAAGGAAUGGUUUACCAGACCAUACAGACCCAGAAGACAAUGAAAUUGUCUGCUUCCUAAAAGUUCAAAUAGCUGAAGCAAUUAAUUUACAAGAUAAAAACUUAAUGGCUCAACUUCAAGAAACAAUGCGUUGUGUGUGCCGCUUUGAUAACAGGACUUGUAGGAAACUACUGGCUUCUAUCGCCGAGGACUAUAGGAAAAGGGCCCCCUAUAUUGCUUACCUCACUCGUUGUCGACAAGGACUGCAGACCACGCAGGCUCACCUGGAGAGGCUACUACAAAGGGUUUUGCGGGACAAAGAGGUGGCCAAUCGAUACUUCACCACUGUCUGUGUGAGGUUGCUGCUUGAGAGCAAAGAAAAGAAGAUCAGGGAAUUCAUUCAAGACUUUCAGAAACUCACAGCAGCUGAUGAUAAGACUGCUCAGGUGGAAGAUUUUCUGCAGUUCCUUUACGGCGCCAUGGCCCAGGAUGUCAUAUGGCAGAACGCGAGUGAGGAGCAGCUUCAGGAUGCUCAGCUCGCCAUUGAGCGAAGUGUGAUGAAUCGGAUCUUCAAACUUGCCUUCUACCCUAAUCAGGACGGGGACAUACUCCGUGACCAAGUUCUUCAUGAACAUAUUCAGAGAUUGUCUAAAGUAGUGACUGCAAAUCACAGAGCUCUUCAGAUACCAGAGGUUUAUCUUCGGGAGGCACCGUGGCCAUCUGCACAGUCAGAAAUCAGGACAAUAAGUGCUUACAAGACGCCCCGGGACAAAGUGCAGUGCAUCCUGAGAAUGUGCUCCACGAUCAUGAACCUCCUGAGCCUGGCCAACGAGGACUCCGUCCCAGGAGCCGAUGACUUCGUCCCUGUUUUGGUUUUUGUGUUGAUAAAGGCAAAUCCACCCUGUUUGCUGUCCACUGUUCAGUACAUCAGUAGCUUUUAUGCCAGCUGUCUGUCUGGAGAGGAGUCUUAUUGGUGGAUGCAGUUCACAGCAGCAGUUGAAUUCAUUAAGACUAUCGAUGACCGAAAGUAACCAAGACCAAGGCCCACCAAGGCAGCAGACUGUUAGGGGGGCAUACGGAUCUCUUAGAAAAUGUACCAGCUGCUUUGAAGGCUGAAGAUUGUUUUUGUAUAAUAUUGUACAGUGUUGAGACCUUUUAAAACAGAUCUUUACUAAACAGAUUAAUGAGCUAACAAGCAGGUUCUCUUUUCUUUGGGCUCUUUUCCUUUCUGAGUUGCAUAUUUCAUUAAUUUCUUGUCCCCAAGUAGAGACUAGUACUGCAAAAAGGGACCACAUUUUUCAGGUAUUUUGAAAUACUGAAAAAACAGAAUCUCCUAGAAAAUUCCUAGAUUUCCGUUUAUGGAUACCCAUUCUUUCUUUUCAUUAAAAAAAAAAAGAGAGAGAGAAUAGUACACCUCUUUUAAGAUGCUGUCUAAUCUUAUAUGCAUCUAAUGGAAGGAAAAUACCAGUUGCACUGAGGAUUAUAAUAGUGGUGACAUUAGUGGCAUUAUCUAUAAAUAUACUCACCUAAAUUGAAAAGCUAAGAAGGAAAUGUAAAUAUAAUAUAUAUUUAUAUUUGAUGUAAUAUGGACAACUUCAGAUUCUAAUAAACAAGGAAUAUUGCUGAUAGUAGGUUGUCAUGUACCCUCUUGUAAAAUGGUUUCCUUGACAAAAUUUAAGCUGAGCUUAAAAGCAAAAGGCGAACAAAUACACAGAAGUAUUUAUUAAAGUGUAAUACAGUUUAUUGAACUUUCUAGGUGUGGAAUUUGAUGCACAGGGCUGCCUUUGAUGAAGGGUAUAGAAAUCACUGAGUACAUCACUUAGACAUUUCUCACCAUGGACGUCUUUGAGCCCGCAGUAGGAGAUAGACUCUUUAAUUGCCAUACAUUACAUACAAAGGAACAAUAGAUAUCUAAUACGUUCUUGUGGUACUUCUCAUCUGAAAUGCUAAAUAUAGUGUAGAAACCCCAAACAGAACUCCUUACAAACCUUUAACUGUAAUAUAUUUUUGAUGAUGAUUCACAUUGAAUGCACAUACCAGGAAUUCAGUGAAUGUCAUUUUAUUAAAAACUAAUUUGUAUUGUCUGCUCUAGUGAUACAAGUUUUACUAGUGAUAAACUAUUUUAAUCAACCAUACUAUUCUUAUGGGAAAAAAAUCUAUUUUGGCAGGUUUCUGUGCCUUUGUUUCCCUCUUCUGAACAAAAGUAUGUGUUUCUGUAUUUUGGUUUGAUUGUAUGUUGAUAAUUAAUCAGGAAUGGGUUUUGGUGUCUGAGAAACUGGCCAAGGAAGCCCACCAAAGCUUCAAGCACAAGUCUUAUACAUAGGUCAUCACUGACUGGUUUCACUUUUUAUGUUUCCUAAACAUGUUUAACUUCUAUUAUAAAACUUGGUCCCUUUGAGGGAACUUUGAGUCUCUUGUUGCUGGCAGCAUUUCCAGGCAUUUUUAAGGGAACUGUGACCAACAGCCUUGAGCAGAUGAGUACAGAGGCUGUCUCCUCCCUCUCUCCAGGAACUCUGUGCUCCAUUGUUCCUAGAGAAGCUGGGUUUUCUUUAUGCCUCGACCUCUUGUUCCUUUAUUCUAAAAUGCCAAGAUAACAGGUUGCAUAGGAGUGUGGGAUGUGGUUUCUGCCUUUUAGGGGGAGAUCAAAAUUACAGUAGUACUAAAAAAAUGUCCUCUGAAUGUUGGAUCAAGAAAUCUGUGUACAGAGUCGUGUGCUUCAUGGGCUGUAACUGUCAAGCUUGUCUAGGUCUUAGAAGUCAAAUCCCAUCAUAAAUACUUUACAAGACAAACAAACUGUCUAUCACGAUUUCUAAGGCCUAGGGGGAGUUUAGCAUUUGAUUCAAUAAAUGUUAAGUCAAUAGAAGACUUGGAAUAGUUGAAAUUCAUUGUUUUGGGAUUUAACUCAUAGGUCAAUGAGAGAUUUCUCUCCCCCAUGAUGGUUACUAACUCUAGUCCAUGUUGUCACUGUGGAAAUAAAUACGAAGAUGUGGACAUUGCACAGGGCUCUUUCCUGUGACGGAGAAGGUGGUGAGUUUGGGGUGGUGGGUUUGUAUCUUGUGGAGGCAGGAGAUUGGGCUCUGCAGUGCUUGAGACAGUGGUGAGGGUAGGACCCCAGGGAUUUGGCAUCAGAGUUACACCUGAGGCAGGUGGUGGCAGAGAAGCACAGCCCAGCUCUCUAAGCUGUUUUCCUCUGGAAACCUGUCAGGAGUAAGGACAACUUCAGCAUUGACCAUCGCUGGUUUAAUUUCAUGACAGCGUUUAUUAUAGUGUUGAUUUCUGAGUUUAGGAAUUGGUAACUGUCUGCAUGGCAGUGGUGGGGUGUGAGAUAGGGAGUAAUUUGAUUUUGCUCUUUCAGGAAAGAGGAAUAGUUGUUCUUUAGAUGUUUCUUACCACACUUGCUCCCGGUACAUAGUUUAUAUGAAGGAUUGUGCAAAAGUAUAAAAUCACAUAUAGGAAACAUUCGGUAGCCACCGAUUAUUACAUGGAAUUUACAAAGGUAAUAAAUGUUAAAUGUUCACUGAAAUCUUGUGGAAUUGUCUAAUGAAAAAUCAGUUUAUAUUUUGUAUUAAUACUCUGCUUCUGGAGACAAGUAAUAGAAAUACAGAUUGAAGAUUGUCCUUGUAAAAUUAUUAUUUUUUAAAUCUAGUAAACAUUUUGUUUUCUUUCUCUGCUUUAGGUCAAGUCUCAGCCACAGUUACUGAUUUCUCCUGCUUUUUCUUUUUAAAAACCUGCUUAGGAAAGCCUUUUUUAUACAGAUAUGAAAUCGCUGUAAGAGGAUUAGGCUUUGUGAAGGAUCGAAAAUAGAUGUGGAUGUGAUGCAUGGUUUUUCUUUCCCUGUUGUGUCCUGGAAGCCUUUAAUGUAGACUUUCAACAUACAUGUUCCUGAGAUGCAUAAGUGAGAGAACAAAAACCCGCGCCAGACCGUGAGGAGGCCGCACUCUGGCCACGAGAAGCUGUAGCUGACCGCAUGCCAUUCGGCACCGUUUCCCCAUUGCCUACCAUGGGAAUUCCAUGGGCCAAGUGAAGGUCAAUGUUGUGAAGUUGUAACACUUCCUCUCUCUGAUGAGAUUGAGUGUGAAAAAGGAAAGUAGGAACACACUUGCUCAAAAUUGUUAAUGGAUUGCGUAGCAGUGAUAGAAACGUUAGUGGACUCAGCUUCCUCCAUUUAUGUGUGUCCUAGACUUUCUCUUCCCUCCCCAUUCCUGCUUUAUUUCUUAAGGAAAAGUCUGCCUCUUUUUAGUUCUUUUAACUCUAGUAAGUUUAUUCUAUGUGUAAUUGCCAUACUUUGGGGGGCGGGGGUGGGGGUGGGAGUCAGAAACAGUCCUGAAGCUCAAAGAAUUUUCUGUGAGUAGAUGAAUAGCGAUGAGAUAUUUGAGAUACUUUGAAUGCCAAAAUGCUUGAGAAUGUUGCCAGAUUAAUAAUCAUUUAAUAUAUUUUAGAGUGUAGGUUACCCAAGGAGUAGGGUGACCGGGAAUAGCUUUAUUACUCUUGAGAAUACUUGGAGAGAGGAAGAUACAGUGCUUCAGCAUCAAGGUAGGUGCGGUUGAGCUGUGGGGUCACCACGGAGCCACGUGUCCUACAGGCCUGUGCUCAGCGCAGGUUAACUUCACGAGAGAGGAAGUCCUCUACACUUGGUUAAUGGCAGACAGUGUGGGCAGGGGCCACACGCCUUAAGAAUUCACCUCUGCUGAGUUGAUAUUCUGUCUUGUCUACUGUAUUCUUGUGCUUCACCUGUAUUAAAAAGCUUUGUACUGCCUCUCCUCUUGAAACUGAUCAAACCUUAUAUAAGCCUCGGCUAAUGAGCUUGCACCAUCUUGUAUAUGUACAGGAAACCCAUCCUGUCUCCUAAUGUGAUUACUCAUGUAUGAUAUCAUUGUGUAAAAUUGAUUAAAAAGGGAGAGCAGUUGAAUCCA